GUAUCUUCCAUUCAUCCUGAGCCUCUGAUAACGUAAAAUCAGGUUUACCUUCUUAGCCAUUUCCUACUAAAACUGUCAAAUAUCGUCAAAAUUUAUUCCUGAACUUAUUUUUACUUUCCUGCUCUGCUGUUUACCUUUGCUGAUUCGGGCUCCAAUGGCGGAUUACUCUCUUCCUCAAGGUUCACUCUUCCUUGGCUUUGAUAGCUCCACUCAGUCGUUAAAAGCAACUGUGUUAGAUGGCAAUUUCAACAUUGUUGCCACAGAAAUUGUGAAUUAUGAUUCUGAAUUGCCCCAUUACAAAACCAAGGAUGGUGUCCAUAGAGACCCAACAGUCAAUGGUAGGAUUGUUUCUCCCACUUUAAUGUGGGUGGAAGCAUUGGACCUUGUGCUUCAGAGGUUGAAAAAAUCAAAUUUGGACUUUGGAAAGAUUGCUGCUAUUUCUGGUAGCGGACAGCAGCAUGGUAGUGUGUUUUGGAAGAAUGGAAGCGAGGCAAUAUUGUCAACAUUGGACCCAAAAAAACCAUUGUUGGAUCAUUUUGGUAAUGCCUUUUCGAUUAACGAAUCACCUAUAUGGAUGGAUAGUAGCACCACUGAGCAGUGCAAGGACAUUGAGAAUGCUGUUGGAGGUCCAAUGGAGCUGUCGAAAUUGACUGGUUCCCGUGCCCAUGAGAGAUUUACAGGCCCUCAAAUUCGAAGGAUGUACCAGACAAAGCCUGAAGUUUAUGAUUCUACUGAAAGGAUCUCACUUGUUAGCUCAUUCAUGGCUUCACUUCUCAUUGGUAGCUAUGCCUCUAUUGAUCAUACUGAUGGGGCUGGGAUGAAUCUCAUGGAUAUUAAACAGAGAGCUUGGUCUAAGAAAGCCUUGGAGGCCACAGCACCAGGUUUGGAGGCAAAGCUUGGAACUUUAGCACCUGCACAUUCCGUUGCAGGUCUUAUUUCCCCUUACUUUGUGGAGAGGUACAAGUUUGACAAAGAUUGUUUGAUUGUUCAUUGGUCUGGUGAUAAUCCUAACAGCCUAGCAGGAUUGACCCUCAACACUCCAGGGGACCUUGCAAUUAGUCUUGGCACCAGUGACACUGUCUUUGGUAUCACUGCUGAACAUAAUCCAAGCUUAGAAGGACACGUUUUUCCUAAUCCAGUGGAUACAAGUGGCUACAUGGUGAUGUUGUGCUAUAAGAAUGGGUCUUUGACACGUGAAGAUAUUCGAAAUCGUUGUGCUGAGAAAUCUUGGGAAGUUUUCAAUAAACUUCUGCAGCAAACACCACCUCUAAAUGGUGGAAAGCUCGGUUUUUAUUACAAGGAGCACGAAAUACUUCCUCCACUUCCUGUUGGUUUCCACCGUUACGCCCUUGAUGGUUUCAAGGGUGACUCUGUAGAAGGACUAAAAGAACGUGAAGUUUCAGAGUUUGAUCCUCCAUCUGAGGUGCGAGCAUUAAUUGAGGGACAGUUACUCUCCAUGAGGGCUCAUGCUGAGAGAUUUGGAAUGCCUUCUCCCCCAAAGCGGAUUAUUGCAACAGGUGGAGCAUCUGCAAAUACCACCAUCCUGAGUUCGAUAGCUUCCAUUUUCGGGUCAAAUGUUUAUACAGUGCAAAGGCCUGACUCGGCUUCGCUGGGAGCUGCAUUGAGGGCUGCUCAUGGGUGGUUGUGCAACAGGAAGGGCAGUUUUCUACCCAUCUGGUUCAUGUACAGGGACAAAUUGGAGAAGUCCUCCCUAAAUUGCAAGCUUGCUGUGACUGCUGGAGACCAAGAACUUGUUGCAAAGUAUGCUCUACUGAUGAAGAAGAGAGUGGAGAUUGAGAACAGUCUUGUCCAGAAGCUGGGCCGUCUCUAAAUUUGAUAUAGCCAGUCAUUAGUUAAUAGCACUUCAAGAAAAGAAAAGCACAAAUUCUAUCUUUUCAUUGAGAUGGUUGGCUAAAUGCCUAGUCUCUCUCUUUUUAUUAACUUCUCCAACACAGGCGAUCUUCUUCUACAUUUAGUCUGCUCGUCUGUAAAUAAUUAUAAGAUACUGACGAAGUGGUAAUAAAAUUUAUCAUCAAUAUUCCCGAUGUAAGUUGACGUAUUUAAUUA